AUGUCUCAAAUUAUAGCAACUAAAAGAAAUUGUGUUUGUAAGGCAAUUUAUUUUCAUGCAAAAGCCUUCUUGCUAACAGUAAAUCUCGGCCAUUUCUUUGUUGUAACAGAAAAGGGUGUUUCAGCCUCCGCAUUACCCUACAGACGCACCCCUUCCACCUGGCUUAAGAUAUCCCCUCAAGACUUCAGGUGGAGGAAAAAAAACAUCUGCAAAUUUGCCAAGAAAGUCUUGACUCCCUCACAAAUAGGAUUGCUAAUUGGGGUAGCAUUGGCGCCAGAGAUUCCAGAAGAUCUUUACCAUUUGAUAAAGAAAGCGAUGGCGAUUCGGAAGCAUUUGGAGAGGAACAGGAAGGAUAAAGAUUCCAAGUUCAGGUUGAUUCUUGUGGAGAGCAGGAUUCAACGGCUCGCUCGUUAUUACAAGACUAAGAAGCUCCCUCCUGUUUGGAAAUACGAUUCAACCACGGCAAGCACCCUGGUUGCUUAGUGAAAGUGUUAGAACUCUGGCUGAGGGCGUGUCAUGUCCUAAUUGAACUGAGCUAAAAACUUUCCGGUGAAAAAACUGUCUAGUAACGUUGGAUCCUUAUACUAAAACAAUGAUUUUGCUUUUGCUAAAUUUUUUUGUGAUAUGCAGGGAGCAUUAUUAUCUUAUAUCUAUCUUUUCCAAGCUUUUGAUGCCUAAAUCUGUCUUUGUACGUCAUCAUGUGUUGAGAAUUGUUAUUUUGCCUGAAUUGUAUGCUGAUUUAGUCGCCAGCAGCGAGAACCAUACCAAGUUUCAAUUCAGGAAAUAUAGCGUUAGGUUCCAACCAUUUCAACCCCAAUUGACUUCUCUCUGUUUCUUCUAUCUUCAAUCAUCACCAAAUGAAAAUGUGAAUUAUGUGUGAUUCAUAGUCAUUAGAUUUUCUAAAAUUUGAUUCUUUUCCGUAAUUAACCAGUCUUACAGCAACCAACAUUUGAUUCCAUUAUUAAGAUCUUAACAAGAUCAACUAAAUUCAAGCCCUUGUUCCAUGUCCCGAGUUCUGACUAUCUGGGGAUGGCAAAACAAACCUAUACUGCACAGUAUCUAGUGAUUAUACAUUCUUAAAUAUCUAAGCAUAUACUGACAAUUUUCAAGCAUUAUUUCCAGAAAAAUAAAGGGGGUGCUAUUGUGUUUGCUGUCAGCCAGCUACACAAGGCAACUUGCCACUUCUGACUGCUACCAGCAUUGGGCGAAGCUCAACAUGACAUCCAAUGGUAGACCAGUGAGGUUGCAACUAGAAAGCAAAGGAACAUCCUUCAUCUACUUUUGCAUAUCAAAAGAACCCAAGACUUGUAGGUGCAGUACAAGACACUUCAUUAAAAUGAUGGAUCACACAACAUCACAGCCCCACAGCCUUAUUUAAAGCUAUCAAUUAUAAGCUGGCAUCCUUUUAAGCAUGAAGAUAAAGGAAAGAGAUCCAAAAGCCAAGAUACCACUUCCUGGCAACAUGAUUGCUCAAACAAGGUUGUGAAUAAUCCAUCUACCCUAUUCUGAAUAAAUUUUUAGGUGAAGGUGGUGGUCUUUGGUCCUCCACUCAACUAAACCCUUCUCCAAGUAUCAAAAGGUCAGUCAGAUUGUUCCAUCAUUAGUUCCCAGUAAACCUCAUAGCAAACCCACCAUGGACUGCAGCAUGUACAAACUAAAGUUCCAGCAAUUCAUUACAAAGUAUAUUAUUCCCUACAUAAAUCCUACUUCUACAAACUUUGUUGGCUUUAGUAUCAGUUUAGUUCUGACAGAUGUAAGAUAAAACACGAGCAAUUGAUGGAAGCCUACAAUCAAUCUUACAGUUAUCUUUCAGCCAUGAGUCGUACCAUGAUCAAGACAACAAGGUGAAGCCAAGAUGAUUGAAAGUGAUAAUCCAUACAUUAGCAUGCACCUACCACAAAUAUCUUUAAAAGUUUCUUGGAACUCAAUAAUACUAUGACAACAUCUCUAAUGCUCCAAGAUAAAAAGUUACAAAAUUGCCGAUGUGAAAGAUGUGGUUCGGAGGAAGGACUUUCGUACACCUUCAAAUUAUAAUUACAAUGCAAUCUCCUUGGUCUAUUAGUCCAUGAAUGUUAGCAAAAGAGGCCCAUAGAAUUCGAGGAUUCAAUGCAAAUCUCAAUCCUCCUUUUCCCUAAGGAGAGACAACUAAAGAUAGUAGAAUGCUAUCUGAGAACUUUGGCAGCCACCUCAAAACACAGCCCUAGUUUCAGUUUCAUUUCAUCUUUAGCCAUCACAAUUACUAUCCUUAAAUCAGCAAUUCCCUCUCAUUGACAAACUAUUAUCGGGAUCUUUAAUCAUUGGAUAACAGAGUCUCUCAGAAGGCACUUUGCAUGCCAUCAUGAUAACAUAUACACCUCUCCUCUCAUUUCAGCAACUCCAUAAGAUUAAUACAUAGCAAAUUGUACAAACAUAACAAUUGGGUCCUAACUUGCACCUAUCUCAACCAAAUGAAAAUAAGAUUGUAGCAAAUAUUCCUCAUAUAGGAAUUAAUCCUAAAACUUUAGAGACAUUCAAAAAUCACAACUUUGCAUAAAGAAUUGAAAGGACACAAAAAAAUUGUUGGAAUAAAUUCCUCAAAAACAUGGGGAAAAACACAAAUUUCUAAUACAAAAUCAAACCAAACACAAGAAUAUUAAUAUAAAUUACAUAGCUACACACCAAUCAAAUUCUCAGAGAAAGAGAGCAUUACUUCCAACAAUUCCAUAGAAACAAACGAAAACAAACAAAUAAGAAACACAUUAUCCUCCACCACCUCAAAUCCAAAUAACUCGCCCACAAGAAAAAUACAUUUCUUGAAAAA